GACACCGGUAAACCUUUCCCAAAAUCACCUUUCUCAUUUCACCACUCUCCUCACUCCCACCCACCUCUACACACAAAACCCCUGUAUCUAUCUAUCCAAAUCUCCGUCGUCGCCGCCAUGACAAUCCACUCCGUCGUAAUCCAAAAGCUCCUCUCCACCAACGCGCACCUGGGGCGGCGCGUGGCCACCAACCACUUCAAAAUCUACACCUACGGCCUCCGCAACCGCAUGGCCAUCAUCGACUCCGACAAAACCCUAAUCUGCCUCCGCAACGCCUGCGACUUCAUCGGCAACCUCGCCCGCAACGACGCCAAGUUCCUCUUCGUCAACACCAACACUCUCUUCGACGAGAUUAUCGACCAGAUGACCAAGCGAAUCGGCGUCAAGAACGACACUUCCUGGCGAUUGAGCGGCUUUCUCACCAAUUCUUCGAGCCCCAAGAAGUUCCGGUCGAGGAAUAAGAAGAUGGUGCUGGGCGUGAUUAAUCAGCCGGACUGUGUGGUGAUUUUCGAUACGGAGAGGAAGUCGUCGGUGGUGCAGGAGGCGAGUAGGUUGCACAUUCCGAUUGUAGGGUUAGUCGAUUCGAGUAUGCCAUUGGAGAUUUUUAAGAGGAUUACGUAUCCGGUGCCGGCUAAUGAUUCCGCUAAGUUUGUUUAUUUGUUUUGUAAUAUGAUUACCAAGACGUUUUUGUAUGAGCAGAAGAGGCGGGGGAUCAAGCCUGCCAAGUCAGCGGAGAUCGAAGUCAAAAUCGGGAAAGAAACAGUACAAGUUCUCGAGGACGGCAGAAUACCUUGUGCUAGUGAUGAAAUUUUUGUCCGCUCAUAUGAAAACUUGUUGCCAGCUUCUGAUGAUCCAUUGGAGAUUAAAAAGAUUCUUGAAAAGCUUGUUAUUGUAAAGAGUGAUGCUGGUAUUGAUACGAAGAUGGGCUUUGAUAAGCCAAAGUCAAUUAUUGAAGUUUGUAAUGGUUUAACAUGCUUGGACUUGCUUGUUAAUUAUAUUGAGUCUCUCAAUUCAAAGUACGGAUGCAAUAUUCCCUUGCUUCUGAUGAAUAAACUUGAUACUAAUGAUGCAAUCCUGAAGGUUUUAGAGAACCAUUCUGAUAAAAAUAUACAUACCCUUGUCCAGGUCCCAUCUUACAGAAAAAUUGAUGACGAUUUUGAGCCUACAUCUUCUGAAGAGAGAAAUAGCGACAGUGAACUUCAGGUCCUAAUGUCCUUGAAGAGCAGUGGAAAGCUCGAUGAUUUAUUAUCUCAGGGAAAGGAGUAUGUUCUUCUGCUGAAAUCAAAUAAUCUUGCUGAAGUUGUUGACCCAAAGAUAUUAAAUUACAUGAUCCAGAGCAAGAUCGAAUACUGUAUGGAGGUGAUGCCCAUGUCUUCAUCAGAUUUUAAAGAUGAUGCCUCACAUUCUCUGGACACGAAGUUUAAGCUACGAGAUAUUGCAAGGACGCAGGUUGAUGAUCAGCCACGAGAAAAUGUAAGGACACAGGAUGAAGAAUCAGAUGAGACUCCAAAGUCACGUGACAAGACUAGACUUUCAGAUACAUCAAAUGUGUGGAUGGACAUGAAUGGAAUGUUAGGCAUUGUUGAUAGAGCUGGUCUUGACAGGGGGGAGUCUCCCACGUUAAAGCAUUUCAACUGCGCUGUUGGUGUAAAUGUUCCUAAAUCCCGUUAUCUUCCACUGGAGUCCACAUCAGAUCUGUUUCUUUUCCAGUCGGAUCUCUUCGAUUCAUCUGAAGGUAUAUUAAGCCGUAAUAAAGCAAGGAAAGAUCCUUCCCUACCUUCUAUUGAACUAGGACCUGAAUUUGCCAAGGUUGGUGAUUUUAAGUGUCGCUUUGAGUCUAUUCCAAGUAUCAUUGAGCUAAGGAGCUUGAACGUAUCUGGUGAUGUUUGGUUUGGAUCGAACGUAACUCUCAAGGGUUUGGUCAGCAUUACAGCAAAGCCAGGCAUGAAAAUUGAAAUUCCUGAUGGAACUGUGCUGGAAAACAAGAUGAUAACGAGGCAAGAUGAUUUAUAAGGAGACCUUAAAACACACAAGUGUGGCUAGCUGUAAUAAUCUGAUGCUCAUUUGCAGGCAAUUUUUGUCCAUGGCAGUGCAAUUUUGUUUGUUAUAUUUUAGCUUAAAUAUAGUUUCUUGUAACAUUUUUGUUCAUUAUUUAUCUUCCAAGGCAAUUGCACUCAACUGGAUGAACUGUUAGUUUAUAGAGUUGUACACUGUUUACCGA